AUUUUUUUGUUACAAACCUCAACGUAACAUUAUUAUGUUCUGUUAUGGAUACAUAUUUUCUAUAUUUAUACUAAAUUUUUAGACUUAUUGUCAUGUGACGAGAAAAAAAAAACUUUUUUUUUCCACUUGGCUGUGUAACAAACAAACGUGACGCGUAUGCGGAACCGUUCGCUCUUCCCCCGCGGACUUAUUAGUUUGCUGCACAUGAUUGUGUGUCACGGCCAAAUGUUUCCUGAAAACACAGGCAAGCCUCUCGUCUUGUAGACGCUAAACUCUUAUCUCCAAAACUCGUCGAUAUUUAUGUUGUUUUGACGAUGGACGAGAACGACGAUGUCUUUUAUCGGGAGCUCCCAAAAGUGGAGCUGCACGCUCAUCUCAACGGCUCGGUGAGCUUCCAAACCAUGGAGAAGCUCAUUAAGCGAAAGCCACAUCUUAACAUUGAACACCACAUGACGGCCAUCGAGAAAGGCCAGCAGAGAACGUUGAAUGAGUGCUUUCAGGUGUUCAAGGUCAUUCAUCAGUUGGUGGACACUGAGGAGGACAUCCUGAUGGUGGCUACAGAUGUCAUCAAGGAGUUUGCUGCCGACGGUGUCAAAUAUUUAGAACUUAGGAGUACACCGAGAGAGGAGACGAAAACAGGGUUGACCAAAAAGAGUUACGUGGACACCAUCAUAAAAGCCAUCCAGCAGUGUAAAGAGGAGGAGGUGGACAUUGAUGUCAGGUUCCUCGUUGCCAUUGAUCGCAGGAAUGGGACUGAGGUUGCCAUGGAAACGGUGAAACUGGCCGAAGAGUACAUGCUGUCUGCUGAUGGGCUGGUGGUUGGACUUGAUCUCAGUGGGGAUCCGAGGGUGGGUCAUGGUAAGGACAUGCUUCCCGCCUUACAGCGAGCCAGGAACAGCGGACUGAAGUUGUCACUGCACCUCUCCGAAGUGCCGUCUCAGUUGGAGGAAUCGGAGCUGCUGCUCAAUCUGCCGCCGGACCGCAUCGGGCACGGCACCUUCCUGCACCCUGACGUCGGCGGAUCGCAGAGCCUCGUUGACAAAGUGGUGAAGAAUAACAUCCCUUUGGAGCUUUGCUUGACAUCAAACGUCAAAGGACAAACUGUCCCGUGUUACUCCAAGCACCACUUCAAGUAUUGGUACCAGUUGGGCCACCCAAGCGUCAUUUGUGUAAGUUUCCAACUCUUUGAAACAGUCGAAAUGACUCGGGCUCCUGCCUGGUCUUUCUCUUGCCUUUUUGACCUGUAACGGUCACGACCUUGA